CAUAGGAAAAGCAAGGGGCCAGCUGAUAGAAAAAAUCAAAGGAAUCCGCACAGAAUCAGGAGACGUAAUGGAUUGCCCCUGGUCAGCCCUAUUAGCAGUAGCCAGAGCGAACUUCUACAAGUACUCGGCGACGUUGGAGGCACUGCUGAUCGACAACGAUUUCUCCUGCCAGAUCUACAAGAAGACGCUUACGGCGCUGCUAGCAGAAGCAAAAAAAUGCCUGCCGCUGAUUAUAAAUCC